GGCAGUUAGCUAGAUGACAGUUAGUUAGAUGACAGUUAGUUAGAUGGCAGUUAGCUAGAUGACAGUUAGUUAGAUGACAGUUAGUUAGAUGGCAGUUAGUUAGAUGACAGUUAGCUAGAUGACAGUUAGUUAGAUGACAGUUAGUUAGAUGACAGUUUCCUCAGAAAUACCAGCUUGUUAACAACAGAGAACAUGACAGAUAUUGAGGUUGAGUUGGAGGUCCAGCUCUCCUCCAGCAGUGAGUUUGUGGGUCUGCAGGAGGAGAUGAGCGAUGAGAGGAAGUCAGACUCCCCCGAGGAGAGUCCUCUAAACACCGGACCAGGAGAGGUGGAGGAGCCUCUGUCGUUGUUGGCUAUCGCGGCUCUGGCGCCUCCCUGUGGCUUUGACUGCGAGGUCAUCCAGUCUCUGGAUCUGCAGCUCCAGUUCCUCCUGAACAAAGCAGAUGACUUACAGGACUGCCUGGCCAACGAACAGGGUCAUCUAGAGAGAGAGGCUCUUGCUGCUGCGGUGACAAGUUUCCUGUACACCUGUCAGCCGUACUUUAACCACCUGGAAUCCACAAGCACCCUGUCCCAGCACACCCCUCUGCCUUUUAACACCUACACAAGGCAGCGUAUGCAGCUGUUGGACUUCUCUCAGCAGCUGUGUGACCGGUUGGAGCAGCUGGUGUUGACCUACGCCAGCUACAAUCUCCUCUGUUUGGACGAAACCGAGCCUAACAGCGUGUCUCCCUUCUGCAUCGGUCAGAGACAUCUCGGUCCGCUGAGGCUCACCGCGUUCCGCUACUGUAAGCCCACGCCGUACCUGGCCCGGGUCGACACCGGCCUCCACAAACGCAUGCGCUGGAACGUGGAGAGACUCCCAGACGAGCAGCAGACAGAUGAGGAGAGAGAGGAAGAAAUAGUCGGUGACACAGAGUAUUACUUCCUGUGCUAUGAGGACAUUCCCAACGCUCACGCAGAGGCUGGCGGGGAUUGCCAAAGCGUCUCUCACGGUAACGUGGUGAGGAUGUGGUCCAUCGGUCAGUGGGUGCAGGUGUUCCCCGACACAGACGACAUCUACGACUGGAUCCUGUGCGAGGUUCCUCGGGGUAGCUACCACCGGCUGCUGUUUCUGGGCAGCGAGGAGCCGUCUAGCUGCAGCGCUACAGACUGCAUGCAGCAGCUGCUGUCGUCACACCAGACAGAGUGAUGCCAGUGAUGUAUUAGCACACAUGGGACAUCUGCCUCUGGAUCAACAGCAUGUGAAAAGAGACGGGAUGUUCAAUUUUACGUCACACAGGAUGGAUCAGAUAAAUCCUCACGCUAGUUCUUAAGCAAAAUAUGUGUCGUUGAGUUUAUGGGAGGUUCUAAGAUUGAACAUCUGGAUGUCUGAGCAGAAACACCCGAGCUGAAAUCACAAGCACGUCACAUGACUAAAAGCCAGAGUGACGUGGUGCAUUCAGGACCUGUUGGGUUUUUCCACGUUUAAAGCUGAAGAGGCUUCCGUUUUCAGAAUAUACACUGUGAUAAGUGUUGGUUUUAAAAGUUUUAUAGUCAAGUUAUGUAAAUAAUAGUUUUAUGCUGUUUGCUGUGAGUGUGUUUAACGCUUGUUGUUUGCUGCACGCUAUUUUGUUGUGUGUGUGUGUAAAGAUUUUAUAAGAGAUUGUAAAUAUUUUGUUGAGUUUUUACAACAGUUCAUACAUUUUAAGAGUCCAGAAGAGUUAUUAAAAAAACAUUUUAUUUACAUGAAA